AUGGCGCUUGAAGACUCUGCCUUCACCUCGCGGCCAGAGUCCCUCUCUCUGCCCGUGGUGGAGAAAGGGAAGGGACCAGUGGAAGAGGCUACCGAGGUGACGGCCUCCACCGGAGUGUUUGAUGUGUCUGAGGAUCUGGGCCAUGUGGUUACCACGGAUACCACCCAGCCUGGCGUUAACAGAUCGUGGAAGUCCAAGUUGGCAGAGAGGCAGGCCAAUGCAGCAUCCGAGGAGUACGUUAAGAAGCUGCCUCGGGUGGUGGAGAAGGAGAGGGGUAGAUUUGGCUGGGCCAAGAGACGUAAGACUCAGCGCUAUGUGGAGAAGAAUGGUCGCUGUAACGUUUCACACGGCAACAUGAGGGAGACGUACCGUUAUCUGACAGAUAUCUUCACCACGCUGGUGGACCUCAACUGGCGCUGCUCACUUUUUGUCUUCGUCAUGGCCUACGCCAUCACCUGGCUCUUCUUCGGGGCCAUUUGGUACCUGAUAGCCUACCUCCGAGGGGAUCUAGAUCAUCUGGAGGAUGAGACAUGGACACCGUGCGUCAACAACGUGAACGGCUUCAUCUCUGCCUUCCUCUUCUCCAUCGAGACAGAGACCACCAUUGGUUACGGCCACCGUGUCAUCACUGACCAGUGUCCAGUGGGCACCAUGCUGCUCCUGCUCCAGGCCAUACUGGGAUCUAUGGUCAACGCCUUCAUGGUGGGCUGUAUGUUUGUGAAGAUCUCUCAGCCCAAUAAGCGUGCGGAGACCCUGGUGUUUUCUAAGAAUGCAGUGAUCUCUCUGAGAGACGACAGACUGUGUCUGAUGUUCCGGGUGGGAGACCUGCGCAGCUCACACAUUGUAGGAGCCAACAUGAGGGCCAAACUCAUCAAGUCUAAACAGACUCAGGAAGGUGAGUUUAUCCCUCUGGAUCAGACAGACAUCAGUGUGGGUUUUGAGACUGGGGACGACCGCCUGUUUCUGGUGUCUCCACUGGUCAUCUCCCACGAGAUCGACUGCCGCUCGCCCUUCUGGGACAUGUCUCAGGGCCAGCUGGAGAAGGACGACUUUGAGAUGGUCGUUAUCCUGGAGGGAAUGGUGGAGGCCACUGGUAUGACGUGCCAGGCGCGGAGCUCUUACCUGGCAGACGAGGUCCAGUGGGGUCACAGGUUUAGUCCGAUGAUGUCACUGGCCGAAGGCUUCUUUGACAUUGACUAUGGCGCCUUCCAUCAAACCUUUGAGGUGGACACUCCCUCUUGCUCAGCGCACGAACUCUCAUUGGCUGCGGCCCGAUUGGAGGCUCAUCUCUAUUGGUCGAUCUCCAGUAAAUUGGACGAAGAGAAAUGGGAGGGAUCUUCUCUGACCAAUCAAUCAGGGAAGCAGCUAGACAAUGGGAAAGGAGGGGUUGUUGGCCCUGUUUCAUUUAUUGUUGGUGAGAUCACUGGAAUAGAAGAACAAUCCGGUCCAGGGGAGUUGAAUGGAAGUGUCACCACUGAACAGUCAGAAUCAGAGGCCUAA